AUGAGUAAUGUGUUCCACGAAUACGAUCAGCAAUAUAGCGAGCUCUCCAUAAAUCUUUCAAAGAAGUGUUCCUUGGCUUUUUCUCUCAAAGGAGGAGAGAAGAAGGAGAAGCUGUCCGAAAUAACAUAUGAUCUGGAAAAUGCAGAAAAAUUGAUUUCGAAAAUGGAUCAUGCAGCAAGUAACCUUCCACCCAAUAUCAAAUCCAUCCUUCUUGAAAAAUUAAAGGAAUCCAAAUCGAGUCUAAAAAGAUUGAGAAAUGAAAUCAAGAGGAACACAUCUGAAAACUUGAAAGUUACUACUCGAGAAGAAGUUCUUGAAGCUGAAAAGGCGGAUUUAGCUGAUCAAAGAUCAAGAUUGAUGAAAUCAACCGAGGGUUUGGUUCGAACUAGAGAGAUGAUUAAGGACAGUCAAAGAAAACUGCUGGAGACUGAAAAUAUUGGUAUUUCAAUACUCGAGAACUUGCAAAGGCAGAAAGAGUCUCUCCAAAACAGCCAAGCUAUGCUUCAUGAGAUAGAUGAUACUGUCAAAGAGAGCCGGUCAAUCGUGAGAAGCAUAAAGAUCAAGGAAUUUUUUACUGUGACUGCACCAAUUAUCAUUUACUUUUUAUUCAAACUCGUCAAGUAA